AUGAGUGCAGAGGUCAGCACUCCAACAGCCUCUACAAGUGGGGGUUCAGCCGGUGGACCUGACUAUCCAGAAUUUCCUACACCAGAAGAUCUUGAGAAAUAUUGCAGUCCAUUCGGUAUUUCUGAAGUAUCGUUAAUCGAUAAAAUCGCAAGAAAUCAGGUUAAAAUUAACGAAAUCUUUGAAAAAUCCAGCAGCAAAAGUCAUGAGCGUGAUCUUCAAAAAGGAUUGGUCGAUGAAAUGAAGAUUAGACUCGAUACUCACAGUCAAGCUUCAAACGAUGAGUCGGGUAUUAAUGAAGUCGAGCUCCAGGAGCAGGAUAGAAUUCUUAAUGAGCUUGAAAAAGAAGUGAAGAAACUCUCCGAUGAAGUUAUGGUUUUGAUUGAACAAAAUAUAGAUUAUAAGAAAACACUUCGAAAGUACUUGGGCUUGGUACCAUCAGGGGAAGGCGAAGUUCCAGAACUGGGAGACUAUCCUGGAUAUACGGAAUGCUACAAGUAUUUCCUUUCUGUUUUUUCGCAAUAA